UGUAGGUAGUCUGAUUGGCAGGGGCCACAGCAGCGCGAGCGAAAACACUUCGGGAGGAUAUUCCAACUAAUCCCACGGAUAGAACCGUUUGUUUUUUAUAUAUUGGACAUAUUAUUUCAUGUUGUGUUAGCGUGCUGGAACCGGAAAUUAAAGUCAGAAACAAUACAGCAUGCUUCAACGAAGACUUAUUAUAAUACUUGUGGUUAUUGUUUUAGUAACACGGAUAUCAGCUAAAGAGAUUCAUAGCUCCCAGGACCUACAACAAGAAGAAUUGGCUAAUAUACCUGCUGAGCACAGGUCUUAUCCACAGACACAAGCUAACGGCCCGGUUUAUAAUGAUGUACCUGUCUAUGUAUCUAGUGGAGGAGGGCCGGAAGCAGGGGUCGCUCCUUAUGUAGGAGGCCCUGGUCCAGGCUCAGUCGGUUCUGGACCAGGAAAUCAUCACGCGGGUAGCCCAGGAACGUACCCUGAAGUAGGACCACAUGAUCUAUGGCCUGCUGGACGCCCAGACAUGCCUCAGAUUAAUGCUUUGAAUGUCAAGUGUGAGAAAAAUCACAUGAAAGUGAAUAUCGAAUUCGACCGUCCAUUUUAUGGGAUGAUAUUUAGCAAGGGUCACUACAGUGACCAUAACUGUGUCCAUUUACCUCCAGGGAUUGGUCAUGAGAUCGUUAACUUUGAAAUAUUUCUAGGUAAAUGUGGGAUGACCAGUAGCCAACAACAGCAUGGCCCACAUGGAGGCGAGGGAGGAUAUGGUGGUGGCUUGUUCAUCGAGAAUACAGUUAUUAUCCAGUAUGACCCCCAGGUUCAAGAGAUAUGGGACCAGGCCCGCAGACUUCGCUGUACUUGGUAUGACUUCUACGAAAAGGCCGUAACUUUCAGGCCUUUCAAUGUAGACAUGCUUGAUGCUGUAACAGCCAACUUCCUGGGUGAUAACAUUCAAUGCUGGAUGCAGAUCCAAGUAGGCAAGGGACCUUGGGCUAGUGAGGUAGCCGGGAUUGUCAAGAUUGGCCAAACAAUGACUAUGGUUCUCGCCAUCAAAGACGACGAACACAAGUUUGAUAUGCUUGUGAGAAAUUGCAUUGCUCAUGAUGGUAAAAGUCAACCUAUCCAGUUAGUUGAUAAUUAUGGGUGUGUAGUGAGACCAAAGAUUAUGAGCAGGUUUCAGAAAGUUCCAAACUUUGGAGCAUCUGCUUCCGUUGUUUCAUAUGCCUACUUUCAAGCUUUCAAGUUCCCAGACUCCAUGAAUGUCCAUUUCCAGUGUAUUAUUCAGGUGUGUAGACAUGAGUGUCCCAUCCCACAGUGUGGAGGAGAUCUGGGUGGAGGCUACUUGCCAGCACCUCGUGACCAAGCUUCUGCUUAUUCAGAGGCAAAGCCAGUCAAUGCUAAUACUAAACCCACAAGGAAAGAACAAAAGCCAAGCUCCAGUUCUUAUGGCAUCUCUAAUUCAGCCCAAUACUCAGGAUCUAACAAUCCUGAUGAUGAGGACUACCCAUCAGCUUUCUUCAACCGUAAUGGCGAACAGCUUCCAGAAGAAACAAGUGAUAUGAAGAUUUCCACGGGGUAUGCUGUAUCUGGUACCGGAGGAGUAGGUAUGCCUCGCUCCAGUGACGCUUCCCCUAGAUCGAAAGAGCUAGAACUCAAUAGCACGACAAGACGACGUCGGCAAAUCCCCGAAGCCACAGAUAUCCAGACUCAGCGAGUUAUUCAAGUAGUUGCUCCUGGUGAUGUAGACUUUACACUGCCUCUUUCAGGAACUAAAGAAACUCCUGUUGAUGUAUACUCCAGUGUCACUGAAUUUGAAUCCAGCGCCAUCUGCAUGUCCGUUCCGGGAUUUGUUGCUGGAUUAAUUAUCCUCUUGCUGCUCUUGAUUGUUUCCUCAUUAGUGGCUGCCUUUCUCUUCCUUCGAGUUCGCCACUUAACACCAAAAGACAUCUCUUCUGAUGAAACAGUAAUAUGUAAUGAACACCCGGAAUUUCUAAAAUCACCAAGUGCGACAGCGACACACUGAGAAGUCACUAGAUGUCACUAUUAGCUAAUCGGGUUUAUUUAUUUUUCAGGAAGACAUAGCUGUUGAGGAGAUGUCCGUGGACAGCUUUUCCUUUAAAAUUUGUGAUGCGUAGAUAACCAUUUUGAGCUGAAGAUAAAUAUAUAAAAAAUUUGUAAUCUUCCAGUUUUCUAACUUUAAACUAAAACAAAGGUACAUUACGUACAUAACGAAGCUGUGGACCCUUAUUCCGAGAAAACAAACUUCUAUCAGCUGAUGCUUAAAGAAAACAAACGACAGUGAAAGACGAUCACAUUUUACUUAAUCUGUUAAAAUAUAAACAAACUAUCCGUUCCUGACACUUUCGUAUGUUUGUCUGCCAAUGAGACUUGUCUUAAUUUACUUCACUUGUUGGAAAGGUAAUAGGUUUGUGAUAUUUUUCAUUAGGUGUACCAAACGAUAUGACAAAGACUGGAUGUGCUAAUUAAGAGAAAAAUCUGAUGAUGACUUACUUUCAAACAAGCUCCAUCGUAAAAACAGUAGAAUAACACAUUUUCGUUAUUAUAUAAUUUCUUGACAUUGUUAUGACUUCUAAUAUAUUUCUUAAUAAUCUAAAUCGAGAACACGUUGAAGUGUCAUAAUUGUCAAUAAUUACAUUUCCCGAAACAAACAGACAAAUCAUUACUGUAAACUUCCACACGUAUGUUGUUACUUAAUAUUAGAUUCAAACACGUGCAAGUAAAAUGUCAACAGAAAUAUCGUCUAACAAUACCACUGUCCCCAGUGGCACAGCGGUAAGUCUGAAGGCUUAUAAUAAUAAAAAACAGGGUUUCUAUACCCGUGGUAGGA